AUGAUAUUGAAAUCAACGGCUCAGCAGCUUCAACUCACUGGGAAGCAGGAUUCCAUUCUCCUUACAACAAUAAGUCAAGAAUCAGUGCACUGUAGUGGACAAUCUGUGAAACUCCAGAUUUCGUCAGCAGACCAGCCAGCCACUAGGUUUGACAUCGACAAUGCCUUCACUGCAGACAAUCUAUGCAUGUCAGAGUACACAUAUCCCAUAGAGAAUAUGCAGCAGCACUGGACUCAUCUGGAAAACCUUCCUCUACCAAAGAUAAAUGGAGCAGUGCCAAGUAUUCUGAUAGGAUCCGACAACUCAAAGCUGAUCUUGCCUAAAGAGCCAGUAUGCUUUGGUAAUUCAGAUGCUCCUAGUGGUGUCCACACCAACCUUGGCUGGACUGUCCAAGGUCCGUCGAUGAUGCUAGGGCAGACGAAGAGGAACACUUGUCUGCUGAACCAGACUCGACCAGCUGAGCUCUCGCCAUCUCACUGUGUGGAGAGACUUUGGCAAUUGGACACUCUUCCCUUUACGAGUAAACAGGUCAUUCGCUCCAAACAGGACAAGAUGGCACUGGAAAUACUAGAUUCUCAGACCACAAGAAUUGAGGUGGAUGGCGUGUUAUAUUCCUCUCAAGGGUUUGAUCCAGACGAUUCAACUACACAAUUACACAUCUUCUGUGACGCAUCCGAAAGGGUAUAUGGAUCAGUCGCCUAUUUGCGCUCAGAAGAUCGACAUGGAAGGGUUCAUGUCAGCUUCGUGAUGUCCAGAUCCAAGGUUGCACCGAAGAGACAGUUAACCAUACCACGGCUAGAGCUGUGUGCAGCUCUGACAGGUGCUCAGUUAGCAGACCUGCUGCAGUGUGAAAUAAAGCUACCAAUCCAAGCUACUUAUCUAUGGAGUGACUCUACUACUGUGCUCACAUGGUUGCAGUCUGAAUCUUGCAGAUACAAGGUAUUCGUUGGAGCCAGAGUAGCUGAAAUUCAGAACCUCACCGACACACAUUGCUGGAGGUAUGUGAACACACAGCAAAACCCAGCUGAUGAUAUCACUCGAGGCCUGAGUGUCAAAGACCUUGUUGAAGAAUCCAGAUGGAGAAAUGGACCUGCCUUCCUCCGACAGUCAGCAGAUGAAUGGCCUGAAUCUCCAUCAACAGGCAGUGACGAGCCAGCAGAACUUAGGAAAUCUGCCAUGUUGUCAACGAUUGUGACACAGACACCCACUUUGCCUGACCCAACACAGUAUGAAUCAUGGGAAGUAUUCAUCUCUGAUGUAAAUGAAGCCCUUGACGGGGCGGCCCCUAAAGAGGAAACUAAGACACUGACUCCUGAACAUGUUGAGCAAACUGAGAACUAUCUGUACUGCCAAGUACAACAACAGUGCUUCUCAAAGGACUUUGAUUGCCUCAAGUCUGGUAAGCAAUUACCACACGAUAGUCGACUGAUUCAACUUGAUCCUGAAUACGAUCCAGAACUUGACUUGAUCCGUGUAGGCGGCAGACUCCGUCGAGCUGAAUCCCUGGAUUCGAAUAUUAAGAAUCCCAUAGUUCUUGAUCCAACCCACGAGAUCACCAAACUGAUUAUCAGAGAUCAUGACGAGAAACUCUUGCAUUACGGUCCGGAACAUCUCUUUGCCGAGAUCCGACGCAGAUUCUGGGUCCUCCGGGGCAGAGAGGCCAUACGACGACAUCAACGUAAGUGUGCUACCUGCCAGAAGUGGCGUUCAAACCCUGCAACUCAGAAGAUGGCCGACCUACCACCGGCCCGUCUCCGACUCUUCAAACCAGCCUUUUACUCGACUGGAGUAGACUGUUUUGGCCCGAUGCAGGUGAAGAUAGGACGUCGUUUAGAGAAACGAUGGGGAGUGAUUUUUAAGUGUAUGACUACCCGAGCAGUGCACCUAGACCUCCUUGAGUCUAUGGAUUCAGAUGCUUUCCUCAUGGCGUUCCGCCGCUUUGUAUCCCGAAGGGGUAAACCUCAUGAACUCUUGUCAGACCAGGGCACCAACUUCAAAGGUGCUAAAUCAGAAUUACAGAACGCAUGGUCUGAAAUGGAACCAGAACUACGUCACUACCUUGUCAACCAAAAGGUAGAAUUUGUGUUCAACCCUCCAAGUGCACCCCAUCAUGGAGGCGUGUGGGAGAGGGAGAUCAGAUCAGUCAAACAUGGCCUCAGAGUGUCACUUGGUCAACAGACUGUUACCGAAGCAACCUUGCGCACUGUCUUGUGCGAAGUCGAAGGCAUUCUCAACUCGAAGCCACUUUCCUACGUGUCAUCAGAUGCUAGAGAUUUGGACCCAAUCACACCCAACAUUCUCCUAAUGGGGCGGCAUGACACAUCUUUACCUCAGGUUGUGUAUCCUGCGGAGACUAUACGAGGCCUGUGGCCAAACUCGUCCCUCUGCCAGAAUGUCCAGUGGACCCAAAUGACACUUGACUUACUAUUUCAAUUCCUAGGAACUAUUCCAGAACGUUCUAAGGACUUUUCUUAUUUCAAAUUUAAUGCUUAA